GUAUUCCUCGUCGAAAAUCUCGACGCUCUACUCACCCCAGCCAAAAUGCUCACGAGGCUUCCGCUCGCUGCCCUCAGAGGUGCGAGGGCUUCCUCUGCAUCCAAUGCCUUCGCCGCCGCUCGUUCCGCCGCACCCAAGCAGGCCCGGUUUGCAUCGACCAGCGCUGCCCCCGGUGCCUUCGAGGCAUUUGUCGGUUCGCGCGCGACGCUCGCCGGUGUCACGCUCUUCUCGGCUGGCUCGAUAGCGUGGUAUACCCAUCUCUACGGCUCCCUCCCUUUCGUCGGUGAAGUGCACGCCAACUCCCUCGCCGACGAUGGUCUUCACCCCGGCGUGUACCCUUGGCCUCACGGGGGCUUGUUCGACACUUUCGACCACAGCAGCAUCCGUCGUGGCUUCCAGGUCUACCGCGAAGUUUGCGCGGCAUGCCACUCUCUCGACCGUAUUGCUUGGCGUAACCUGGUCGGCGUGUCGCACACUGUCGACGAGGCGCGCACGCUUGCUGAGGAUAUCGAGUACGAGGAUGGACCCGACGACAAUGGCGAGAUGUUCCAGCGUCCGGGUAAGCUCGCGGACUACAUGCCCAAGCCCUACCCCAACGAGGAGGCCGCUCGUGCCGGUAACGCUGGUGCUCUUCCUCCGGACUUGUCCUUGAUCAUCAAGGCUCGUCACGGCGGUGCUGACUAUGUCUUCUCCCUCCUGACUGGUUACAUUGACCCUCCCGCUGGCGUUGAGAUCCGUGAGGGCAUGAACUACAAUCCGUACUUCCCGGGUGGUGCCAUUGGCAUGGCUCGUCUCCUGUUCGACGGUCUUGUUGAGUACGAUGACGGUACUCCCGCCACGACUUCACAAAUGGCCAAGGAUGUCGUCACAUUCUUGAACUGGGCUGCCGAGCCUGAGCAUGAUGAGCGGAAGAAACUUGGCUUGAAGGCUGUUAUCCUGUUCUCCUCUCUGUUCGCUAUAUCCAUCUGGGUGAAGAAGUUCAAGUGGUCGGUGAUCAAGAACCGGAAAAUCUUGUACAACCCUCCGGUGGACAAGACACACCAUUAGAGCUUUUCAUAGUGCUGUAGAUUUCCUCACGGGGCGUUUGCGUAGAACAAUUUGUUAUAGUCUGAAGGCGCUGCGAAGUAGUGACCUUCUAAUACAGAACGCUUACCCUAGAAUGACAUCUCGC